AUGGUGAACCAUGAAAAUCCCAUGACGAAGUACAUUGAGCUGGAAAAUAUUGGCAGCGGGGGUUUUGGACAAGUGGUCAGAGCACUCAACAAUGCCACAGGAGGAGAGGUGGCCAUCAAGAAAAUCAAUCUUCAAGGACUGAGGAGGAAGCAACUAACCCUUAAUGAAAUCAUGAUCAUGAAGAGGUGUCGGAGUCCCAGUGUUGUGAAUUAUUUAGACAGCUACCUUCUGGGUGAGGAGCUCUGGCUGGUUAUGGAGUACAUGGACGGAGGCACUCUGAGUGAUGUCAUCAGCCAGACCCACCUGUCUGAAGAUCAGAUGGCAGCCAUCAGUCGGGAGUGCUUGCAAGGACUGGAUUUUCUUCACUUGAACCACGUGAUCCACCGAGAUGUGAAGAGCUGCAACAUCCUUCUCAGAACCGACGGCUCUGUCAAGCUGGGUGAUUUUGGCCUCUCGACUCAGCUCACCCCUGAGAAGAGUAGACAGUGCACAGUAACCGGGACUCCGUGGUGGAUGGCGCCUGAGGUGGUGAUGCGUCAACCAUAUGGCCCCAAAGUGGAUAUAUGGUCGUUUGGAAUCGUGGGCUUCGAAAUGGUAGAACAUGAACCUCCUCACUGGAACCAAAGUCCUGCCUCGGCUAAACGCCUGAUAGCCACAGGAGGGACCCCACAGCUCAGGUGGCCCAAGCUCGUCUCGGCUUUGCUGCGUGACUUCCUGAGCUGCUGCCUGCAGACGGACGAGGAGCGGCGCUGGUCUGCCGACGAGCUCCUGCAGCAUCCAUUUGUAACUUCAGCCAAGCCAGCGUGCACCCUAGCACCACUCAUCAACUCAGUGAAGAAGUAGAAGAAGGAGAAGACAAGAAUGUAUCUAUCAAGAUCUUAUC